CUCUUGAAUCGACGCCAUGGCCGACACUGCCCCCGUUGUUGCUCCUGCGGAACCGACUGGUGCCCCCCCUGUGGUCGCCCCAAGCCCCGCCGCCCCUGCCCCCGCUUCGACUGCGACGUUGCACACCCCACUAACGCUCGGAAGUACGCUAGCUUUGUCGAAUCGAAUUCUUCUCGCGCCGCUGACACGAUGCCGUGCGACGGCGACCCAUGUCCCCACGGAUCUCAUGGCCGAGUACUACGCGCAGCGCGCGACGGCUGGCUUGAUCAUCACGGAGUGCACCAUGAUCGCUCCACUGACGUCGGCGUUUGGGACCGAGCCUGGGAUUUUCACCCCCGAACAAGUCGAUGCGUGGAAAAAGGUUACCGACGCCGUCCACGGCAAAGGGGGCAAGAUCGUUUUGCAGAUCUGGCACGCCGGCCGAGCGGCGCAUCCGGCCUUCAACGACGGCGCCGGCACGAUUGGCGCAUCCCCCCACGCUAUCGAUGGCGAAGUGCACACAGCCACCGGCAAACAGCCCCACGUGGCGCCGCAAGAGAUCCCGACGAGCGACAUUCCGCAUAUUGUGGCCCUCUUUGCGUCGGCGGCGACGGCGGCCGUGACCAAAGCUGGUUUCGAUGGGGUCGAAGUCCAUGCCGCGAAUGGGUACUUGAUCGAUCAAUUCUUGCGCGACGGCAGCAACAAACGAUCGGAUGGCUAUGGUGGGUCGGUGGAAAACCGAACCAAGUUCCUGGCCGAAGUGCUGGACGCUGUCACCAAGGCCGUGGGGGCGGACAAAGUUGGCGUGCGGUACUCGCCCCUGAAUAGCUACAACUCGAUGGUCGACAGCAACCCGAUUGCCCUGAGCGAGCAACUCGCAAAGGUCAGCCAGCAAUUCAACCUCGCCUAUGUCCACGUGAUGCGCGCCGACUUUUUCCAAGCCCAGAAAGGCGACAUCGUGCCGAUUUUUCGCGAGCAUUUCAAAAAUACGCUCGUCGUCAACAUGGGGUACACCAAGGACGAAGGCAACGACGCGAUUGCCAACGGCCAAGCGGACGCCGUCGCAUUUGGCACGGCAUUUCUCGCCAACCCAGACUUGCCCGCGCGGUUUGCCAAUGGAGGCGAGCUCAACCCGCCUGACCCGGCCACAUUCUACACCGGGGGGGCGAAGGGGUACACCGAUUACCCUGCGUUGUCGUAGGGGGGUUUGCCCACAUCGACGGUGCCAUUCCCCCACUCUACCUGUUGAUACGUUGCGGAAUGCUUUGGCAAUUUGCAACGUGUGCGAUGUGUGUAGAUAGGCACACCAUAGAGAAACACUGGGCGAGUUGUACGAAAUCAAUUCCUUCACAUCACACGC